AAAAGAGUAAUAUAGGGGGUAUUAUAGUGGGGUUACGGUAAGACAGGGGAUAGGGUAACUGACACAGCAUCCCAUCUUUUAAUUGGCCAACAGUCCUAGUGAAACCUUAUCUCCCCUAAUAAGGAGAUCUCCGUUGAGGCUCUUUGGCCUUGCGCAACGUCAAAUACCCUACGAUUGACCAAUGAGAAAACAAGACUCUCGUAUUCAUUAACCGUAACACCCCGUCGACUUUCAAACCAAAGUAACCAAAGUAACCGAAGCAUUUCGGACAUGAGACGAAAGACGGCUAACUCGGCCUUGGUAUUUGGCUUAAUGGUUCGACGUUCCGUAUUACCCCCGUGUUGAUCGGCGGGUAAAAGUUGUUGAUAAAAAGCGUGAAAGAUCUCACUUUCAAUAAUGAUCGACAUUCUUCUGCUCAUCUAUCACUUUUCGAUUCUAUCAUCCUUCUGUGAAGGAACCUUGCUUCAUCUAUAAUCUUAUUUUAUUCGUUCGUUCUUAGCCGGUUCUGAGCAUUCUCCCUCGUACAUAUACCCACCCCAUUAAUACUACCUAAUUCAUAUUCCUCAAACCAUCAUCAUGCGCACCUCAUUCUCUAUCGCCGCUGUCCUUGUUGGCACCGCAGUUGCGGCCCCCACUAUUCCUUUCGUCACUACGACUGCGGUGAUACCUCUGCAAGAUGAUGCCGCCGGCUCAUUGAGCGCGGCUACGGAGGUUAGCCGACGACAAAGCGCUAGCCAAGCCUGCUUCGUUGUCGGUAGCACAACGCUACCCCAGGAGGUCGCCGACGUCGCCGCCAGCUUAGCCUCAACCGUCACAUGCAGCAACUCCGUCAAGACUAUCUCUGGUGUGCCAGACGUUACAUCCGGAUCGACCACCUUCUCGUCCAUCGACUUUAGCAAGUCUAAGCAGACCGGACUCCAGUUCGCGCUGUCGCAGUUCGCAACGGCUGAACCUCUUGCCAGCACGGAUCUGCAGAAAUUCCAGGAUAUGCUUAACGUAUACCAAGCUACUGAAGCCGGUAUCCGUAGCGUCGGUGGUUCUUUAGCUAUCAAAGUUCCAAAAUUCUUCCUCGAGAUGCAGGUGUCGCGAAUCCAGACCGCUCAAGGGAACCCACCGACUGCCGCUGGGCUCCAGGUCGACCACCUCCGCGACAAGGUCCUGAAAAACGCACCCAAGGAGGCUUCAAGCCUGCUAAACCAGGUCACGCAACUCGCGACGCAGCUGAGCUAGAUGCCUUGGAGCAUUAAUGAACAGUACGGAUAUUUGUACAUGACAUACGCAUUAUUCGCAAGACGUCAACCCUUGCUGAUCUAGUUAGGAAACGUUUAUAAUG